AUGGAAAGUAACCCAUGCUUGCCUCUCGUUUUCUUUCUUGUUUCUUGUUCCAUUGCCCAAAUCGAAGCUGGCAUGAGGCAAAGUGAAGCACUUGGCCAUCUCUACAAGGCCAAGUUGGAGGGAAAUUCUAACAUUGACAGCGCUCUUUUUCAAGCAACCGAACAUGUAGAUAUGUCCAAGUUUCAUCAUCAAGAGGGAUUAAAAGAGAAAGAUAGAAUAGAGAGCUCUCCUGGACAGCCAAAAGUAGAGUUCUCGCAAUAUGAUGGUUAUGUUACUGUUGAUAAAUCUGCUGGACGAGCACUGUAUUAUUACUUUGUCGAGGCUCAACAUUCUAAAGAGUCUUCGCCUCUUCUUCUCUGGCUCAAUGGAGGUGAACGUUCCCAAGACAAGGAAGACUUGCUGCAAAAACAAGGAGUGCAAAGGGCACACUUUACACAAGGUCACCCAGUACAAGAAGCUGGGGAAAUUAAGAUGGCCUUGCUGCUCAAGGAAAGCUAG